GAUGACCAUUGCGUUGGGACUUUUUUGUUACGGCCUAGCAGACACCACUGCGACGUAUGCAACAAACUUCCUUACCCUCAUUCCUGUGGUCACCUUUCUCUUGUCCGUAAUUCUAAGAGUGGAAAAAUUGCAGCUACAUACCAUAGUUGGCAAGAUGAAGACUUUGAGUGCAAUACUGUGUCUUGUUGGCGCACUGGUUAUUGCUUUGUAUAAAGGGAAAGCCUUCCACAUCAUCCACAGCAGUAGGGAGCAACAUAUCGGAGUUUUGGCUACGGCUUUAUCUUUUUGCGUGAUUUCUUGGGCUGUAGCAGAACGAGGGCCUACUUAUCCCGCGAUGUUCACUCCACUGCGUCUGCUUUCUGUGACAAUUGGAGAAGUUGUCUUCCUCAACGAAGCAUUGAGUGUUGGAGGCUUACUUGGUAUGUGUUUUAUGAUCGUUGGUAUAUAUUCUUUCCUAUUGGCAAAGAAUAAGGAGAUGAAAAUCAAGACAACAAAUGCUGGAUCAGAAAGUCAAUCUGUAGAGCCUACACUUGAAUCAAUAUAG